UUAAGGCUUCGCAGAAACGUAGCAUCUCAUACGAGAUGGCAGACAGAAAUCACUUCUCCGAGUUCCUUUAAUAUGCUCCCUAUUGGAGGGAAAAGAGUACCACCGGACCAGUCUCAAAAUGACCACCGGCUUCAGCUCCGGUUCCUGCCGGUUCGCAGAUUAUUUUGUGAUCUGCGGACUCGACACCGAAAGCGGGCUGGAACCCGACGAACUGUCCGCUUUAUGCCAGUAUAUAGAGGCUACUAAAUUCAGAGAUGGGGCCAGAGGAAAUUUGGCGGGGGCAAAUGAAGGUGAGAAUUUUGAGCAGAGUCCAUUACGAAGAACCUUUAAAUCCAAAGUCCUAGCACAUUAUCCUGAAAAUGUGGAGUGGAAUCCAUUCGACCAGGACGCUGUUGGCAUGCUCUGUAUGCCGAAGGGUCUGGCGUUCAGGACCCAGGUUGAUUCCCGAGAGCCUCAGUUCCACUCCUAUAUCAUCACCAGAGAGGACGGCUCUCGGACCUACGGCUUCGCCCUCACCUUCUUCGAGGAGGUGACCAGUAAGCAGAUAUGCAGUGCAAUGCAGACUCUUUACCAUAUGCACAAUGCAGAGCAGUACGACAUCUUGCACACCCCCACCUCACCACCGGGCCUCGAGGAACAGCGGCGCCCUCUCUCCCAGACUCGCCCCAUGCUCCACGCUGCGCCCGCCAUCUCCCGCCUGCAGCGCUUUAACUCGUAUGACAUCAGUCGCGACACGCUGUAUGUGUCAAAGUGCAUCUGCCUGAUCACACCCAUGGCCUUCCCUCAGGCCUGUAGGAAGGUGCUGCAGCAGCUCCACCAGGCGGUCUCCUCCCCUCUGCCCCCGCCUCUUCCUCUUGAUAGUUUCAUCUACAACAUCCUUUACGAGGUGCCCCUGCCACCCUCCGGGCGCUCCCUCAAGUUCUCAGGCGUGUACGGGCCCAUUGUUUGCCAGAGGCCGAGCACCUCUGAGCUGCCACUCUUUGACUUUCCCAUCGGUGAAGUGAUCAAUCUGCUGGGGGUGGAGAACGUUCUUCAGUUGUUCACCUGUGCCCUGCUCGAGAUGCAGAUACUGCUCUACUCACAGCAUUACCAGAGGCUGAUGACAGUUGCGGAGAGCAUCACAGCCUUAAUGUUCCCCUUCCAGUGGCAGCAUGUGUACGUGCCCAUUCUGCCUGCCUCCCUCCUCCACUUCCUGGACGCGCCGGUGCCGUACCUCAUGGGCCUCCACUCCAACGGGCAGGAUGACCGCACCAAGCUAGAGCUGCCACAGGAGGCUAACUUGUGUUUUGUGGACAUUGACAACCACUUCAUCGAACUGCCGGAGGAGUUGCCACAGUUUCCCAACAAACUAGAGUUUAUUCAGGAGAUCUCGGAGGUGCUCAUGUCCUUUGGCCUGUCUCCAGAGGGAAAUAUUCACUCCAGCGACGGCCAGGCCAAGUACCGAGGCGGUCGAUCUGUUGACAUGGUGUCUGACAAGCGCAAUGGCAACCUGUCUUCGCCCCUCAACUCCUACCUGCUGAGGGAGAAUGAAACUAUUGCCAGACUGCAGGCUCUGGUCAAGAGGACAGGUGUGAGCCUGGAGAAGCUUGAGGUGAAAGAGGACGCCAGCAGCAAUAAGGACUCGCGGGUUCAGUGUGAUGAGGAGGAGCUGAAGAUGCACCAGAUUAACAUCCACGUGCGCGAGGUUUUCGCUAACCGCUUCACCCAGAUGUUUGCAGACUACGAGGUGUUUGUCAUCCAGCCAAGCCAAGACAAGGAGUCCUGGUUCACCAACCGAGACCAAAUGCAGAACUUUGACAAGGCCUCCUUCCUGUCUGACCAGCCCGAGCCCUACCUACCCUUCCUGUCACGUUUCUUGGAGACGCAGAUGUUUGCCUCCUUCAUCGACAGCAAGAUCCUCUGUCAUGACGAUGAGGAGAAGGAGCACACGCUCAGGGUGUUUGACUCCCGGGUGGAUAAGAUUCGCAUGCUGAACGUGCGCACGCCCACACUGCGCACCUCGAUGUACCAGAAAUGCACAAACAUUGAAGAAGCAGAAAAAGCCAUCGAGAUGAGAGUCAUAAAGAUUGACCACAUCGCCCUGCACCCCCACCUGCUGGACAUGAAGAUCGGUCAGGGACGCUACGAGCAGGGCUUCUUCCCCCGACUGCAGUCUGAAGUGCUCUCCACUGGGCCCACCACCAACAAAUGGACCAAGAGGAGUGCUCCUGCUCAGUGGAGGAGGAGGGAUCGACAGAAGCAGCACACUGAGCACCUUUACUUAGACAACGACCAGAGAGAGAAAUAUAUCCAGGAAGCCAGGAACCUGGGCACAACCAUCAGACAGCCCAAACUAUCCAACCUGUCCCCGUCUGUCAUCGCUCAGACAAACUGGAAAUUUGUUGAAGGACUGCUGAAGGAGUGCAGGAACAAGACCAAGCGUAUGCUGGUGGAGAAGAUGGGCCGUGAGGCGGUGGAGUUGGGUCACGGAGAGGUCAGCAUCACCGGUGUUGAGGAGAACACUCUGAUCGCGAGCCUGUGCGACCUGCUGGAGAGGAUCUGGAGCCACGGGCUACAGGUCAAACAGGGAAAAUCUGCCUUGUGGUCCCACCUGCUGCACUAUCAGGAGAGCAAAGAGAAGACUCCAGGUUGUUUGGGUCCUCCAGGUAAAGACUGUUAUCAGCUAAUAAACGAAGUUCAACACAACACAAUAAGUAACUGUUGUUGCAAUAACAGAUUGUUUUUCUUCACACCAGGUUUCAUUCAUGACACGGAGAGACGCAAAUCUGACGGUGGUAUAUCAGCCAUGCCCCCACUCAAGAUCUCCCUAAUCCAGGACAUGAGACACAUUCAGAACAUCAGUGAGAUUAAGACAGAUGUGGGCAAGGCCAGAGCCUGGGUUCGCCUCUCCAUGGAGAAGAAGCUGCUCUCCAGACACUUGAAGCAGCUGCUCUCAGAGCACGAGCUUACCAAAAAACUGUACAAGCGAUACGCCUUCCUCCGCUGUGAUGAUGAGAAGGAGCAGUUUCUGUACCACCUCCUGUCCUUUAACGCUGUGGAUUACUUUUGUUUCACCAACGUCUUUACGACCAUCAUGAUCCCCUACCAUGUGGUGGUUGUUUCCAGUAAGAAGCUGGCGGGCUCCAUGUUCACGGCCAACCCUUGGGUUUGUGUUUCUGGGGAGCUUGCAGAGACCGGAGUCCUGCAGGUCCCCAGAAAUACUCUUGAGAUCACUUUUGAGUGUCAGAACCUGGGGAAGCUCACCACGGUGCAGAUGGGUCACGAUAACUCGGGGCUCUACGCAAAGUGGCUCGUUGAGUGUGUUGUUGUCCGCAAUGAGAUAACGGGGCACACUUACAAGUUUCCGUGUGGCCGCUGGUUGGGCAAGGGUGUGGAUGACGGCAGUCUGGAGAGGAUACUGGUAGGAGAGCUGAUGACCCCCAGCUCAGAGAAUGAUGAAAGGAUGUGCCGCACCCCACCAAUGCAGCAGUCACCUGGGAUGAUGAGGAGGUUUGUUACCAUCUCGCCAAACAGCAAACCAAAGUUAAACACAGGUCAGAUCCAGGAGGGAGUGGGAGAGGCCAUCAAUGGGAUUGUGAAGCACUUCCACAAGCCGGAGAAGGAGAGAGGCAGUCUGACCCUUCUCCUUUGCGGGGAGUACGGCCUCGUCUGGGCUCUGGAGCAAGUUUUUCAGCACGGUUUUAAAUCACCCCGACUCUUUAAGAACGUUUUCAUCUGGGACUUCUUAGAAAAGUCACAAGUGUACUUUGAAAGUGCGGAGCAGCGGGAGGCGAAACCAGAUGAAAACUGGCUAACACGAGUGCGCCAUUUCUGCCGCUUCAUGCGCGCCAUAAACAACACCUCCAGAAACAUCGGCAAAGACGGGAAGUUCCAGAUGCUCGUCUGUCUGGGGGCAAGGGAUCACUUGCUGCAUCACUGGAUUGCUCUGCUCGCAGACUGUCCAAUCAUGGCUCAGAUGUAUGAAGACACCUCUCUGAUGAAGGACCUCUCGUUGGUAAACUCUCUGAUUAGAGUACUUCAGACUCUGCAGGAGUUUAACAUCACCCUGGAGGCUUCGCUUGUCAAAGGUGUUGGAAUUUAAAACAAAACCAACUCCCCACCAGUUGCACCUGACGAGGGCGAUCACUGGGGACCACUAAAAAGAGAACUGAACCUUUUUUAUGCAGGAAAAGACUUGAACAAAAGACAUUUUCUGGCUUAUAUUAAAGCUACUGUUACAUUUGCCAUAUAUUGAGUGCAAUGAGCCUUUCAAGAUAUGUUGUUAUUUUUAUCCUUGAUGAUGUGGCCAUUAGAUGUUAAAAUAUGUUUUCUAUUAUGAACCAUGACUUUCACAUUAUUGACAAUGACCUACUUGUGCUAUAAUGUUUUACUGAAAGCUAAAUAUUUUCAUUGUUAUGGUGAACUGCUGACAAUGGCUAUAUUUGAAGGAAAGCAACGAUCAAAACUGUUAAUAUAUUUUCAGAGAAAAAAAGUAUUAUUUUGUUAAAUCAGUCAAGUUGCUUGCUCGAUUGUCAACUCAGAUUCCAGUGUCAUUACACAGAGCUUAAAGCAAAUGAUGUAGAAGUAUGCUUUAUAAGUAAGUAUGUGUUUGACAGGGGGUUUUUAGUGUAGAAAAGGAUUUACCUAAAAUGGAAACAAGAAGGAUGUUACAUUUGGGCUUUCCUUGAGAAAUGUACUAGUGUUCAGAUGUUUCACAUGGAAUACCUAGCAGAGAAAAUCAUCCUUUUUGCAUGAUAAAAAGACUGUGUGGUUUACCCUGCGUCCACUGAUAAGCACUGUAUUCAGUUGGAUGGGGAAAGUACCCCAAGUCUUUGGCUUUUUGUGUUCCAAAAACAAGUCCUCGAAGACACGCUUGACCCAGCUUUCUGUGUAAAGUUGAUCACAAUGAAAGCCUUCAUGUAAAUACCUUCAACCCUUUCCUCCAUCGUCAUCAUCCCAGCUUUCACACUACAUCUGCCCUGUUCUCUGAAUAAAAACAGUGUGGUGAUCUCUGUCAACUCAUCAUGAUUAAGGAUGAUCUCCUGCUUCCCAUGUGAAGAGCAAAAAGGACAGCUCUUUCCCGCUCCUGAUUAUGUCAUCAUGGUUUCUUGCUAUGCAAUAUCCACAACAGAAAAUUCAACCCCACUACAAACUCCAUACCGGGGUGUCUUGAGGUGUUAAUUGGCCCGCCUCCAUUACAUACUUUGAAUUGUGCAUAACAAGAGAUUUAAUAUGUGAACGACUUAUUUUCUGUGCCAACAAUGUCUGGAAUAACUGUUGUACUCGUCUGUGUACGACUCACACAUGAGCGUCUUGGGAGAUAUAUAUUUUUGUUUUCCAAUACUGUUGUACAUUUAUUGACAUAGCUGUGUAAUGUAGUGUUUACUAAGUGAGCAACAGUGUACAGUGUAAAAAUAUAUUAAGAAUAAAGCAUCAGUAAUGCAUUAAA